GUGGGACCUGAGAUGAAACCGCAAUCUUUUCUAUUUCCGAUAUAUAAUACAAUUUCUGCUUCGACAUUACCACUGAAUUUCCGCAUUUCCUGCGUUUUUAAAAAUAUGCAGAUCGGCCAAGAUGAGCCGAGCAAACGCGAAGCAUUUAAUUCAAAGAAUGAAGAUGGAGUGAAAAAGGGGAAACGUGGAAAGCACACUGAAUGCAAACGCCAUGUUUGCCAAGAAUGUGGGAAAGUAUUAAGCACAUCAAACGCACUCAGAUUACACACACGUCUUCACAAAGAAGAAAGGUCAUUCGAAUGUGAAAUAUGUAACAAGAAGUUCACUCAAAAAGGUCAUUUGACCAGGCAUAUAUCGAUGGUACAUAUGGGAGAGAGAAAAUACCCCUGUGAUGUCUGUGGAAAACGCUUCGCGGAAAAGUCUAAUAUAAAGAAGCAUUACGCCAAAAAACACGCGGAACCAGGAACAAUAAAAAAAGCAGACAAUAACAAGCCAAGGCCAUUUACCUGCGAAGUUUGUGGAAAAACCUUUGUGUUUGAAUUAGUUUUGAAUAAUCACAGAGUUGUGCACACCGGGGAAAAACCUUAUACAUGCGAAGUCUGUGGCAAAUGCUUCGGUUAUAAAGUAUCCUUGAACAAACAUAUGCAAACACACGCGGGACAAAAUCUUGUCAAAGAGAGACCUUUUGCCUGUGAACUAUGCGGUGCCAAGUAUGCAAAGAAAAAUGAACUGCGACAACACAGCGUUGUACACACUGGUGAAAAACCAUACUCUUGCGAUUUAUGCGGGAAAACUUAUGGGUGGAAAAAAAGUGUAAAAAUACACAAGUUGUCAUCGUGCUUUGCCAAGCAUGCAGAUUCAGAAACUCACUUAUGAGUGUUAUAAGUGCAUUUAUGUUGUGCAAGUCUCAGAUCACUUUCGUUUGCAUGGUUAUCUCACUUGGUGUCGUUUUUGUUUUAUAUCAGGCCUUCGGGACAUGCGUUGAUACUUGUUCAAUCAGAGCGCUAGAUUUUUUUCUCCCACUUUUGUAUUUAUUACUGUUAUCACCAGUGUCUCCGCUCCAAUUAUUAUUGUUUUUUUUUGGCCCCUUCUCAAAUAUGAAAUGGUAUUUUUUACUCUAUUUUAUAUUUUUGUUUGUACAAAAUGUCUUUUCAUUAUGUUAAUAAAUAAACGAUUGUCUUCAAAAUUUCGUCUCGAACUUCAAACAUUAGUUCGGACUCUACUCUAUCAAGGCUCUUUCAAAAUUGACCUGUCGGUUGUUCUUCGGAAUCCUGACAAAUUGUGGAAUAAAACGAUAUGGCGUGGUCGCCCUUUUAAAUAGGUCAAGGCAAUACCGAGAUAGCCUACAUGGAUAAUAAUGCCUCAUUGCCGCUAAUAUACAAUAUGAUAAGGCUAACUUUUGCCAAUUAGCUAAAUCAACAUUUCCCGCCUAGUUACCAAUCCUGGUGAUAACAGUACCAGCUAACCAACUAUUGACUCACAUUAUGAAUUAUCCUAAUCCUACCAGUAGAGUUAAAUUCUACAGGUCCUAUUUCUACUUGUUUGGUGGUGUUGUCAAUCAACUUCAGUAACAACUUUUGACACAGUAGUAAAACACACAUAAGCACAUUCAAACCUGCAUGAAACGUUGUAAUGAAAGUUCAUAU